GCUGUUUUAACAGCGCCAGGCACAGUCGACGCGCACGGACAAAUGACCAAGCCCACACCACGACCCAUCUCGCAACAGUACCGAGCCGACAGCGGCGUACUCGGCGAAGCCGGAGAACAAGAGCUCCAGUACGCACCGGUCGAGCUGCUUAGCAGCAGAGCUCAGUCAGACCGACCAGCAGCAGCUACGUUCAACAUCUUGAACGGAUGCAGGGGGAGUGUCUUCGAGGCCAACAACACCGUCACCGAUCUUGCUGCCGGCACACCCUUUGACGUCGAGUGGGUCAUCCAGGCACCGCAUCCUGGUACUAUGGUACUCAGUAUCGUCAAACCAUCAGCCGACAGCACCGGCACCGUCACGUACGUGCCUGUGGCCAACCUACUCACCAUCGACCCGUUCGCCGAGAAUUCGAGCGGUAAAACGAGCACGACGGCUACGAUCCCCACAAGUGUUACGUGGUGCCGGUCGCCGGGCGAUUGCGCGCUGCAGUUCUACUGGCACUCGGACCUGGCUAGCCAGACGUAUCCGACGUGCGCUGACAUUCUGGUGAGGGGAAGUGGUGGCCCGAGCGGACAGACUACCAGUGCCACGACUUCGCCGCCAAGUACAACUCCUUCUACGCCUUCGACGCCUUCGACGGUCACUCCAUCGGCACCACCAGCUUCGCCCGAAGAGUCUCCAGUGCCUUCCUCAACUGGAGAGAAAUGCAUACGUCGGCAGCGACGCCUUGUGAAGACGCUAGAUUGA